AUGCAGCGAGAAAAGCGAACGCAGCGAGAAGACGCCGAGCGCCUGGCGACGCUGAACGAGGGCGUGACGUACGCGUCCACGCUGCGGGUUGAAAUCUCGGAUGAGGCCGAGCGGCGAGGGAUACGGGCGAGGGGAGACGAUAAGGCGAGACUGCCGGGCGGCGCGGCGGACGCGCUCGGCGCGGGACGAAGCGGACGCGCGCACUUUCGCGUCGAGGCGUCGAACGGUCGAACGUGCCACGUCGGAGUGUUGGAUUACGGCGGAGUGAGCACUGGGAUGAUCGGGAUCCCGCGGCCGAUGCUGCGGUCGUUGGGAUUGAGAGAGACGGACGUCGGCGCGGAGGUGCGCGUGACGUACGCGGCGCUUCCGAGCGCGACGCGCAUGACGCUGAAACCGAAGACGAAUGAGUUCGCGCGCGCGUGCGAAGCGGAGGAGAAUGUGCGAGACAUUUUAGAGCGCACGAUGAUGGGCCGGAGCGCGGCGACGGUCGGGGACGAGAUCGAGGUGACGGUUCGCGACGCGACGUACGAUUUGAGAGUCGUUCGAGUUGAGCCGGAUGACGGGCACGGCGCGGUGUCCCUGCUCGAAACAGACGUCGAGGUCGAUCUCGAACCGAGUGACGAGUACGAUGAGUUCGUGAGUAGGGAGAGACGACGUAAAGAGGAGUUUGAGCGCGCGAAGGAGGCGCUCGCGGAGAGAGAGCGGGAAAAGGAGACGGAAAAGCUACGAGCCGCCGAGCGACGACGCGCGUUGCUCGAAUCCAUCGUCGAAGAGCCACCUUCUGGGUCUUCCGUGGUCACGCUCAGACUCAAUUUACCCAACGGCGCCGUCAAGACGAGACGGUUCGAUCGCUCGCGCGGAUGUUUUGUUCGAGACGUGUUCGAUUACGCGCGCUCCGUCGACGACGAUUUGAUGGAUGCGAGAUUCAUCCUCACCACGCGUCAGGGUGACGUGGUAUUACGAGACGGAGAAAAUGUGGACGCGGCGGACGCGGCGAGAUUACACGCGCAGACGUUCUUCGUGCGACGAGACGAGUGA